AGUAAAAAUAUAAAUGCCAAAAAGGGUAGAAUGAAAAUAGGAACAGAUAGAAACAGAGAAAGGGGGUAAAAGAGAGUAACAUGACAGAGGCCCUAAAAAGCAACAAAAUACUUAUGGUAGGCCAAAAUAUUUUUUUUUCUUGUUCCUUUACUGAAGGUAACUUGUCUAGAUGUAAACUUUAAUCGAUGCACUUUUUUGCCUGGUAUGCGACCAGACACCUGAUUGCGAAGUUCAUCAUGGAGCGCCGCCUAUAUGCACAAUGUCUAUUUAUAUGCCAAAAACACUGUCAUAUGCGUGCAACGGUAGGCACCCUAUCCAGUCACGUAUACUGCACAUGUACCGCCGCGGAGCGUCGUAGUGUGCGUUCGUUUUACUUUCACAAUCAUCAACUACUCGCAAUCUCCCUCUCAAUCAUGCAUCGCACGUUCGCUACGUUGUUAUUAAGACUACCUGUUAUUUACAAUGUGCUCUCUCCUUGAAGGAAGUUUAGGGGAAGGAAUUAUCCAGCCAUAUGGAUUUAAAAGCAUUACCAACAGUCAAAUCGCGCGCAGGAUCUAUUGUUUCUCAUGUCAUGAGAGGAUUGGGGCUGGACCCUUACUAUAGCGACGAUGAUGCGAGCACCUCCUCUGAAGGCAGUGCCAAGGUACCCGCUGGUACAAGCCCUAUGAAACGAGCUGCCUCAAUGCGAAGACCUCGACCUGACGAACAGUUCGCGAACCCUAACGAUGAAAACCGAAAGCGCUCCUCGAGCAUGUCCGGAGCCAGCAGCCCGAGUACACUCACAGUGCCUUCCCCCGUUGACUCCCGAAGGAGGCGUAGCUUCGAGAACUUUCGGAUGUGCGAUCUCGGGGAGAUUCGGCCCGAACUUUACGUGAUGGAAGACGCGCAGACCGGAUUGGAUAAGACGCAGUCGCCAUCAAAAGACGAUGCCAAUGAGGAAGCCUAUGGAAUUUUAACGUUUAGUGUCAGAUAUGAGGAGUCCACUCAAAGGUAGGAUUACUCAAACCAUCUCAUUAUUAGUAUUGUCUUAUGUUCAAUGUAUCUACUGGGCAGAGAAGGAUAUCCAUCACGGCUUUGAGUUUAUAAUAUGUAUAUGUCACAAUGAAU